AUCUGACUUCAGUGAAGUGCAGACGCAGCUCUGAAGCAGCAGGGCUAAAACUAACAAUCUUCUAGGGAUCUUUUACUAACAACUUCCAGAGUUUAAGAAAUAGAAUAUCCUGACCCAAGUGCUGCAACAGCGGAAAAGGCCCGUUGCAGAUACACUGAACUGUAAAACAUUGAUUAAGAAAAGGAUUUAACGCAUUAUUGCUGAAGAGAUAAACACAUUUUGGAGCUUUUGUAGGAUUUUGUUUCUUUUAAGUGAAAUCGACUCGUGAUGGUUCUCCUGUCACUAUGGUUUGUUGUAGCUGGAACUAUAGUAGUGAAUUUGACUUCAGCUGAUAAGGCUGGCAACAUAGAUGAUAAAACAGAUUUCCUAAAAAAGAGCCUGAGAGAGUACGGGCUGGUAACUCCAAUUAGUACUGACUCAGAAGGACACUACUUAUCAAAUCUCCUUUCAGCUAGUCACAAGCAACGAAUCAAAAGGGAUCUAUCUAAAGAUGCUGACCAUGAAAAUAAGAAGCUCUUUUUCAAUGUCACUGCUUUUGGGAGGGAGUUUCAUCUGCGCCUUCACCUCAACAGCAGGCUGGUUGCUCCAGGAGCUGUGGUAGAGUGGCAUGAAGAGGGUGGGGAAUCUGAGAAGGGAACCGGUGUGGGGAAUGGAAACCACACUCUCUACAGCACAGAAAGGAUAGUGAAGAAAGAGGUGCUCAGAACAGACUGUGCUUACAUUGGAGACAUAACAGACAUCCCAGGUGCGACAGUUGCUAUUAGCAACUGUGAUGGACUGGCUGGGAUGAUUCGAACAGGUUCUGAUGAAUACUUCAUUGAACCACUGCAACAGGGGAUGCAGAGAAAUGAAGAUAAAGGGAGAGUUCAUGUCGUGUACCGAAGGUCAGCUGUCCAGCAGGCAUCCCCUGACAUAUCCACUGACUUCCAAAUUGCAGAGCCUGAACUUGAUGUUACCGCAUCGCUUGAUCACAUCUCAGAACAGCUGAAUGAGACCCUCAGGAGGCGCAGACAUGCAGGGGAUGAUGACUACAACAUUGAGGUCCUCUUGGGGGUCGAUGACUCUGUUGUGCGAUUCCAUGGAAAGGAACAUGUUCAGAACUACCUCCUCACACUUAUGAACAUAGUCAAUGAGAUUUACCAUGAUGAAUCCCUUGGCGCACAUAUAAACGUAGUGCUGGUGCGAAUGAUUAUGCUUGGGUAUGCAAAGUCCAUUAGCCUAAUUGAAAGAGGAAACCCAUCAAGGAGCUUGGAGAGUGUCUGCCGCUGGGCAUUCUCACAGCAGAAGUCCGAUCCAGAUCAUUCAGAGCACCAUGACCAUGCUAUUUUUCUAACCAGGCAAGAUUUUGGACCUGCUGGCAUGCAAGGCUAUGCGCCUGUAACAGGCAUGUGUCAUCCUGUGAGGAGCUGUACUCUGAACCAUGAAGAUGGAUUUUCUUCAGCAUUUGUUGUGGCUCACGAGACAGGACAUGUACUCGGAAUGGAGCAUGAUGGCCAAGGCAAUCGUUGUGGCGAUGAAACAGCAAUGGGCAGUGUUAUGGCUCCUUUAGUUCAGGCUGCAUUUCACCGCUACCACUGGUCUCGGUGUAGUGGCCAAGAACUCAAGCGAUAUAUUAACUCGUAUGACUGUCUUUUGGAUGACCCCUUUGAGCAUGAUUGGCCCAAACUUCCAGAACUGCCAGGAAUUAAUUAUUCAAUGGAUGAACAAUGUCGUUUUGACUUUGGAGUUGGAUACAAGAUGUGCACAGCAUUUCGGACGUUUGACCCAUGCAAGCAACUUUGGUGUAGCCACCCUGACAACCCUUACUUCUGCAAAACCAAGAAGGGGCCCCCACUAGAUGGAACAGAGUGUGCACCAGGAAAAUGGUGCUAUAAGGGUCACUGCAUGUGGAAGAACGCCAACCAGCUGAAACAGGACGGUAGCUGGGGAUCCUGGGCAAAGUUUGGUUCCUGUUCACGAACCUGUGGAACUGGUGUUCGGUUUAGAACUCGUCAGUGCAACAACCCCACGCCUUCAAAUGGAGGUCAGGAUUGCCCUGGUAUAAACUAUGAAUACCAGCUGUGUAACACAGAUGAAUGUCCAAAGCAGUUUGAAGACUUCAGAGCACAGCAGUGUCAGCAGCGCAAUUCGUACUUCGAGUUCCAGAGUGCAAAGCAUCAUUGGCUCCCCCAUGAACAUCCAGACUCCAUUAAAAGGUGCCAUCUUUACUGCCAAUCAAAGGAAACAGGAGAUGUGGCCUAUAUGAAACAGUUAGUCCAUGAUGGAACACGUUGUUCUUACAAGGAUCCCUACAGCAUCUGUGUGCGUGGUGAAUGCGUGAAAGUAGGUUGUGACAGAGAGAUUGGGUCAAACAAAGUUGAAGAUAAGUGUGGAGUUUGUGGAGGGGAUAACUCGCACUGCAGAACUGUUAAAGGAACUUUUACCAGAACGCCAAAGAAACCUGGAAAGCAAUUAAGCAAGAGAUGCCAAAAAGAAAUCCAUUUGUUGGAAAACAAAACCUGGAAGACGAGAGGCGCAUUCUUAUUACCUAAAGGAGCACGCAAUGUGCAUCUCAUUGAAACAAAGGAUUCUAAAAAUACACUUGGUUACCUUAAGAUGUUUGACAUCCCACCUGGUGCCAGACAUGUGUUCAUCCAAGAAGACGAGGCUUCUCCUCACAUUCUUGCCAUCAAGAAUCAAGCCACAGGACAUUAUAUUCUCAAUGGCAAAGGAGAGGAAGCAAAAUCUCGGAACUUUAUUGACCUGGGAGUGGAGUGGGAUUACAUCAUCGAGGAAGACAUAGAGACCCUUCACACCACUGGACCGUUACAUGAUGCAGUUGUUGUCUUGAUUAUACCUCAAGACAAUGACACAAGAUCAAGUUUGACAUACAAAUAUAUCAUUCAUGAGGACUCCGUACCCACAAUUAGUACGGGUAACAACAAUGUACUACAGGAAAACGCAGACUUAUUUGAGUGGGCAUUGAAGAGCUGGUCACAGUGCUCAAAACCUUGUGCAGGAGGUUUACAGUACACUAAAUAUGGAUGCCGGAGAAAGAGUGACAACAAGAUGGUUCAUCGCAGUUAUUGUGAUGCAAGCAAAAAGCCAAAGCCCAUUCGCAGGAUGUGUAACCUUCAGGAGUGCACUCAGCCUAUUUGGAUCACGGACGAGUGGGAACACUGCACUAAAACCUGUGGAAGUUCUGGGUAUCAAAUUCGUACAGUGCGUUGCAUGCAAGUCCUUAAUGAUGGAACAAACCGCUCAGUUCACAGUAAAUACUGUAGUGGGGAAAAGCCUGAAAGUCGAAGGUCCUGCAAUCGAGCUCCAUGUCCUGCACAGUGGAAAACUGGAUCGUGGUCAGAGUGCUCUGUAACAUGUGGAGAAGGAACUGAGCGCAGAUCUGUCACAUGUCGCACUGGGGAUCACUGUGAUGGAGAGAAACCAGAAUCUGCCAGAAUAUGCAAGCUUGCUCCUUGCAAUGAUGAACCAUGUACAGGAGACAAGUCCAUAUUUUGUCAGAUGGAGGCGCUCGCAAGAUACUGCUCUAUCCCAGGUUACAGUAAGCUUUGUUGCGAGUCCUGCAGCAAGCACAAUAGCACUCUCCCUCCUUCAUUCCUGUCUGAAGCAGCUAACACCGAAGAAGAAAUCAGUUUUGAAUCUGUUCAGAUUCCUGGACUCGUAACCAUACCAACCUCCACACAAUAUCCUUCAGUCUCUGUUUCCAACAGAAAAGGCCCUCAAAGCCGUAGACCAGCCACAGAAGGUGAUCAGGUUGUUUCUGCAGCUGACGAGAAGUCAAAAUAUGCAGGCAGUAAGACUUACAGGUUGGUAGCAAUGCAAUACCAGCCUCAUUCAAGCAAAACCGCCAGUAAUUCCUCUGCAUUGGUAGUCAAUAAUCCACCACCUGAAAGUAACAGCAGUUCAUCAGUCCCUCUGUCACCAGAGGCAUUUACAAGGAAGACUGAGAGACAUGUGGACAGGAGGUGGCCCACCAGGUCUUCUGCUGUGAAGAGAUGAAGGUGGGCACCAGGAUAACAAGAACUAUUUGUAAAACCAAUGUGGACAUAAUGGUGCAUCCUGCAAAAAAAUCCUUUUCAAAUCCUCAACAUUUAUAGAGAUCAAAAAAUAGUAAAAGUGCUGGUUCACUUGUGUGUUAUUGGCUUCCUCUACCAGUAAAUCAGUAAUUUGUCUGUAGUGACUGGAAACACACCAAAGAUAUGCUCAAAAAGGGUGGAUUACUUUGGCUGUUCCUCUAAUAAAAGUCAAGGAAGUUUUGCACUUCAGCUGAAGCUAUAAAAUAUAAAAAAUAAAAAAAAGAUAAGUUAUAUAGAAUAUACCGGACUCCAGCAAAUUUGUUGUUUUUACUAAUUUGCCUGUUUUUGUUAAAUAUUAGAUAUUUAUAAGCAAUUGCAGCUGUUGUGUAAAUAAUGUAUUAUGCAAAACAUCAGUAUUAUUUUUAAAGAAGGCAAGUUGUACUGAUUCAUUCUUUUUUACAUAUGUUACCUGGACAUUGGGUGCCUGCCAUUCCUUAACUUAAUGUUUAUAGAAAUACAGUGUAACAAUUCAUUGUAAAUGAGCUGAAAGACAAUAGGUUCAUGUGAUCAAAUUUCAGUUUCAGUUUGUUUCUAAAAAUAUAUAUAGCAUAGGCAAAAAAAAACUCAAAAAUAAAAGCAUGCUCUGCUUCUAUGUCAAAAGAUACACUCUAUACCACUUCAUUUUUCUUUUAAUAGUUUGAAUGGUGCUGGCUUGAAAUUACAGUGCUGUAAUUUGUAAAAAAAAAAAUCUGUAUUCUAGGUACUGUGUCCUUACAAAAUAAUAGAACUGAUGGAUUGAUAGGUGAGUAAUGCAAAAGAACGUUUUCAUUUACAGAUGCCAUUCAUACUCAUUGUACGUUCCAAAAGGCAGACACGCUUUCAAGGUCAUUUUUUUUGUAGGGGACCUUUUAAAUACCAUUUAUACAGUACACAUGUUGCCUUUAAGCUAAUCUGUAAUUAAAAGAAGUAAAUACAUGGAUGAGAGCUAUUUAUUUCAACAGGUAUCACCUCACUUGCACAACGCACCUGACUGCAAUAGCAAUAUGAGUAAUUUAUAUCAGUUUUAUCAGUCAUUUUUUCACAGUUCAGACAGUCAUACUCUCCUGUGUGUUGCUGUAUAGUACUUGUAUAUAGGAUGAGAACCUAAAAUAUUUAUUAAAUAUUGAUGUUCUUACAGCAUUUUAUGUAGUAAUAAAUAUGAUAAAAAAGCAGUGAAUAACUAUUUGCCAACAUAUCAUAGAAGGAAAAAUGAUGCUAACUACAUAUGGUACAUGUCAAAUGCAUGUAACAACGACCAUGACUGACAAAACUAAAUAAAAAAAAAAAGUUUAACUCUAAGGACCAUUUUUAAAUUAACAAAGAUAUGACAACGGUUUUGACAAGCAUUUUAGGAUUUCAUAGUUUACUAAAAAAAUUGACGUGCAAUUAUAAUAUUUGUAAAGUUUCCCCAGACAAAGCUGUUUUUUUUAUCACAGCAAAUGUAGAACUAAAGAAACAUUAAUAUUCUUUUUUUUAUUAUUAUUGUUGUUUAUUUUUUAAAAACAAAAUCGGCAAAAUUAUUUGAGGACAUGAUUGUGAAAUUAUCUCCAUGAUAAUUUGGGGUAGUUGAAGAAAAAUAUAUACAGUAAGUGUAGUCGGCAACUAACAGUAUUGAAGCACAUAGUGCUACACUAUGGAAGUCUUUUUGUUGUCUUGCUUGUAAUGUAACCCCUUGACUCGUUGCCUCUAAAGAAUUGCUGCUACUUUUAUGCAAGGCUUUCUAUGGUCAAAGAGAAGCUAGUAUUUUAUAGAUUUUAUAUUGACAAUCCCUGAGCCUCGAACAGAUAUAGGAUAUAUUAUGUAUGUAUCCCCAGUACUCCCCAAAUGUAAAAAUAUGAAUGCAGAGAUUCUUUUUAUUAUUUUUUACUGUUUUGCUCCUUUUGUACCAAGUCAUUUUUUUCUGUUUUAAGUGUACACUACUGAUGCUGUUUGUUGUAUUGGGGAGCACAUAGCAAUAAAAUUUUAACAAAACUUCAAA